AUGAACACUUUAUAAAUGUUAGGCUGCACUCUCAAGUAACUGUUGACCUUUGUUCCUUAGUAAUGACCAACCUGACCAACCAUGGCGACGCCUCACACCUCACCACCACCACCACCACCACCCAUUACCGGGGAGGAGAGAGACUGGUUAAAACUCAUCACUACACUAAACAAACUGGAACGCCCAGUCUUGCUGGAUAUGUACACCCGAGCAGCCUGUCAUGAGGGGAAGGUCAAAGACAAGAAGCUUCUCGAGUUCCUGGAGAGUAAAGGCUUCACCAAGAAAAAGUUAAAGGAAAAAUUUAAUAAGGACCAGCGUAAGAUACUUGACGUCGACCCUUCUGGCAAGAAAUAUGACUUCUCGCUACUUUACCUGUGCAUCACCUUGUUGCCUGGCCCUGCUCCUGGUGGCCAGCUGGACGCCCUUCUGGAAAAACUCAAAGCUGUAAAAGAUUUUCGCAACGAAUUGCUGCACGGGGAGUUAGCCGUCAGUCCUGAGGAUUAUAAGAACAAGACGGAGGAGCUGAGAAAACUGUUGAAAGACGUAUAUAGUGAAGGAAAAGAUGUGUUUAACAUUGAUGAAGAUGAAGUAGAUAACCGGGUUAAAACCAUAGAUGAACGCAUCAACUACAUCAGCGACAACCUCCUGGACCCCGAGGAUAUAACCAGCUACAAUAUUGACCUCAUAGAGCAGUCUGGUAAACAAGAGUUGGUGGAGCUGUUUGGUAAACGGACAAAUGUUAAUCCUGUGUCGUUUAUUGCCGGUACAGACUUUCUCCUUGAUAUUGACACUGUGUUCACACGCAUACAAGGUAAGGAGGAGCGAGGUACAGCUGACCAAGAUAUACCAGAUGAAGACAUUCUAAAACUUGCCAUUGACAAACACAAAAGAAUCAUACUUAUUGACGGUGUCGCCGGUGCUGGUAAGACGACCUUCUUGAUAAAAUUACUAAGUGAUUGGAAGGCCGACAAGGACACCAUACAAGGUCUUACUAACUUCCUGCUGCUCUUUCAUAUUGAAGGGAGAAAUCAACACAUCUGGUCUCUUGCACAGCUCGUCCAGUCACAAAUGCCAGACACCGCUAAGAAGUAUCGAGGAAAUGACAUGAUCAAAUGUGUCCAGCAGUUUAAGGUCCUCAUGCUGGUGGAUGGCCUCGACGAGUUGAAUAAAGCAUCAAAAGCACUGAUCCAAGAUGUCUUAUGUAAUUGUAACUUUACUGUAGUCUGUACUACAAGGCCAGAGAGGGUGGACGACUUCUACAAAACUCUUCCACCUCACCUGGGAGCUGUCCAUUUACAGCUUGUUGGUAUUCCUGCUAAAAGUCGUGUAACUUUUGCGGAGAAAUACCACAAUCAACUAAUACAAGCUGGCAAGAGUACACAGAGUACACAAGAACUGGUAGAGUACCUGGAGAGUAUGCCACGUCGUCUCAAAGAGUACCUAAGAUUGCCCAUGAACCUGGUAUUCUUAAGUCUCAUAUGGGCCGAAGAUCCAAGUACAGUAAAGAAUAUGACAACGGCCACACAACUGUACAGUAAAGUGAAGGAUAUGACGACAGAAAAAUUAGUGAAACGACUGAUAGAUAAACCGGACACAGUUAUAUCUGCCAGGAGUGUGAAGAGAAACAUUGAAAAGAUCUUUAAAGUGAUGUGUCAAGAAUCCUUUGUAAGCCUAAAAGUUGACUCAUUAUAUGUGUCAGAAGAGAUGACAGACAACCUUGAACAAACAUGUCAACGCGUUAACAUUCUGCUCGAGGAAGUUACCGGCGCCUUCUUCAUCACCAACAACACUUACGCUCUCUGUGCAAAAGUUAAAUCAUGCCUUAGUUUCUCCCACAAGGGAGUUCAGGAUUUCUACGGUGCCUUGCAUAUAAGGGACUCGCUUCAGGGAGAAAGGCCAAAUAUGUCUCAAGGUCCCCGCACCAUCAGGGAGGUCCUGGAGGAGCUACACAAGGAUGACCUGUCGUCUCUGACUCUGACCAAAUACCAGAACGUUCUGGUUCAUCUAACUGGCAUUUUAUAUGUUGACGGCGGAGGAGAGGUAAAGGAAGACAAGGCAGAAGAACUGGUCCUCCUUCUCCACUCUUCUGGUAUGACAGGCAAUAUGACAGACAGGAGUCAGUGGGUGGACCUGAUAAAUGGCGUGAAGUGUGACACUACCUUUUGUAAAUACGUCGCUAAACAUAUUCCACAAUUGGUGACAGGUAGCAUAGUGGUCACAGAUAGCAGUGUGUCAGUCUACACCACUCUACUCCCUCUUGGUCGACCAGUCUAUAUAACCGUAAAUAUUGAUGGAGACCCAGACAACAUUCCCCACAUGGUCGACCUGAUGAAGGUGGUGGCUGCGUGGAACAACUGUGUAGUAGGCAUUUAUAUGAACCAUCACUGGAAGCACCCAGACACCUGCAGCCCCUCUCUUGACGCAGCUCUCCAAGACGUCUUUAAAAGGCAUCGGGUGUGGUGGUUCGAGGGUCAGCUGAGUGGUGCUGCUGUGAGGUCACUGCCACACACUGUGGAGAUCCUCUACCUGGUGAUAACUGACACAGACCCUGACCUGGCCCCGGCGUUGACCUCUCUGUGCUCACGUGUACGACUGUCCUCCCUCUGGCUGCAUGUACCCGUGGGGGUUCCUCCAGCACUACUGCCUGGCCCCCUGCCACUUGAUGUUAAUCUUCAUCUGCUCCUCUCCGGGGUUAAUGCUGCACACAUAGACUGGGCAGCCCAGGUGUCUCAACAACUAC